CUCCGAUGAUCUCCAGCCGGUCUCAACCCGCGAUGAGCAGCUUGUCCGGGCUGACCGAGGAGGCUCAGGCGUUUGAGACUUCCUCAAGCAGUAGCGCAGAAGAGAAGGAGGUGGCAGAACUCCUACAACCGGAGAAGCUGCCACAGCACUCCUUACGGCUCGAACAGCCGUGCUCUUUUCGACAUGUGACAGUUUGCCAUUGCCUGGCAGCAGUGCCAGAGGCAGAGCAGCUGCGGGAGGCGCUCCAGCGCGUGCUGAACAAGAAUCCCGUGCUUGCAGGGCGGCUGAGGCCGACGUGGCCCACCGGAGGUCCUCGACCAGAAGGAUUGGAGAUUGGCUUUGAGGGCCCGGUCGGACUCCACUUCCAGGUCCGCCCCCUGAGCGCUGACAUGGAGCAUCAGGUUGAACGACUCGAUGCAGAGGGGGACGAGUGCCACCGACUGGUGGUGGAGGUGGCCCACGUGAAGGUAUGCCAGGCAGUUCCUGCAGAUUCACACCGAGUUUGCAGACAGCCUGGGGGUGGCGCGAGUUGGGUACGGCUUGAACUUACUAGGCAAGGACCGACCUCUUUGCAUGGCCAGCUACUGCCCUGGAGCUCAGGUGAGUGUGGUGGCUUUAAGUGUCUCCCGCAUUCUGGGCGACUCCGCCGUGCAAGCCUUGUUUCGCGCCUGGGAUGAGGAAUUCCAGGAGCCUGACCUCAGUGCCAAGAGUGUCUCGAGCCGCGAGGUGACCCGCCUCUUGUAUCGGCCCAUUCUGGUGCUUCAGGCCAUUCAGGAGGCGUGGGAUGGUGUUCGCCAGUGGCUCUACCAGACAACGAUCUCCCAGUUCGCCGGUUGCUGCACCACACGAGGAAAUUCCUCGAGCGGAUGCUUGAUGGCCGAAACCUCUCUAAAGGAGACUGGGAAGGCUCAGGCAGAUGCUGAUUGUGAUUCUGCACCGGAAGAUCGUGAAUUCUACGCCAUUGCUGUGCGAGUACGAGAGGAGACCCUUUCUUCCAUCCGUGCUGCCGCGGCCGCUUCAGCGCCCGGAGGUGGCGUGGGCCUCUCGUCGGUCCUGACCUCCGAUGCGCUCUAUGCCUGGCUGGGCAACGUCCUGCGGCUCCCACAGUUCCUGGUGGCGGAUCGUCGAGCCGCAGUGGAUCUGAGCCUCGGCCAAGAUCGGCUUCAGAGUUAUGUUCCCAGUGCACCUGGUCGUUGCCAUGCCUUAGACAUUCGGAGGGCGAUCAACGCACAGGCGGCGCAAGGCCAAGAUCAAUCCACGCGGCGCUGGUCCAUCCUGGAUUUUUCGGAGGUGUUGGAGACGGUGCCGCGCUUCGGGACGAAUUGCAGCAGUUGCUCCUUCGAGUUGCAUGACCUUUGGCAACGCUCGCCACGGCACGUGGUGGCUCGAUGCUCCGAACGCGAGUACAUAGCCUUUCACUGCGUUUGCCGUCGGGAUCAGGUCUUGGCACUGCAACGUGGCUGGCGCUCCUUGGGCGAGCACGCGCUUUCGGUGGCCUCAGAGGCGCAGUUGCUGGAAGCUCUGGAAAGGUGAGCUUCGAUCUGAAGCGCCGCUCGUGGUGUUUGUUUUUUUUCCCGCCUCUCGUUGGGGGGGGUACCUUGUUGACCCCAGGGGCGUGGAACGGAGAAAGGCGCCCAAAGAUAGAAAGAAACAGUGCG